AUGGAGGAUGAUAGGAGGCCACCGUCCCCAGAUCCUAGCUACCGCUCCGAGUCCCCGGAUACACCACGCUCUGGGGCAGGUAGCGCGGAUCUAGCUGGAAUGUACCAGCUGAUAGUGCAGCUCCUCCAGCAGCAGCAGCAGAUACAGCUAGCUACCCUACAACCAACCAGCUCUUAUUAUGAGAGGUUCCGACAACUGAACCCACCAGUAUUUGAUGGCGGACCGGACCCGAUAGCGGCCGAGACAUGGAUUCGGGAUAUGGAGAAGAUGUUCCAAGCACUCCAGUUCCCCGAAGAAACGAAGGUCCGAUUAGCCAUCCCCCAGCUGAAGGGGAGCGCCGAGUUUUGGUGGACGACCAUGGAGACCGCAUACCCCGCCAGCAGGAUUACUUGGAGGGACUUCACGAGGCUGUUCUAUGCAGAGUAUUUCCCGGACUCGGUGAACCAGAUGAAACAAGAUGAGUUUUUGACACUGAUGCAGUCCGAGCAUAUGUCUGUCCUGCAGUAUGCCAGCAAAUUCAACGAACUGGGCCGGUUCUGCCCCCAGUUCAUGGAAAAUGAAAGGAGUAAGGCAAGCCGGUUUGAGCGAGGGCUGAGGUACAGGAUCAGAUCUCGGAUAUCUUCUCACCUAUUCACCUGCUACAGAGACGUGCUGGACCGGGCCUUGAAGGUUGAGGCCGACUUGAUGAGGCCUGACUUAGAAAGAGGUGAUCUGACGAAGGCCAGGUCAGCAGGAGGACAGAGCAGUAGGCCCAAGGGCAUCAAGGGGUCUAUGAUUAAAAAGAGGCAGAACCGAGGUUGCCCUAGCUGCGGCAAGCAUCACAGUGGGCCCUGUCUGAAGAAAAUUGGGGCCUGUUUUACAUGCGGCCAGCUCGGACAUAUGGCACGUGAUUGCCCAAAGAGGGCACCCAGACUUCCUGCAACUGAGGGCCAGAAGCCAACGAACACCCCCCGAGUAUUCGCACUGACUCGCCAGGACGCUAGUGCGAGCGAUCAAGUGGUGACAGAUAUGGAGGAUGAUAGGAGGCCACCGUCCCCAGAUCCUAGCUACCGCUCCGAGUCCCCGGAUACACCACGCUCUGGGGCAGGUAGCGCGGAUCUAGCUGGAAUGUACCAGCUGAUAGUGCAGCUCCUCCAGCAGCAGCAGCAGAUACAGCUAGCUACCCUACAACCAACCAGCUCUUAUUAUGAGAGGUUCCGACGACUGAACCCACCAGUAUUUGAUGGCGGACCGGACCCGAUAGCGGCCGAGACAUGGAUUCGGGAUAUGGAGAAGAUGUUCCAAGCACUCCAGUUCCCCGAAGAAACGAAGGUCCGAUUAGCCAUCCCCCAGCUGAAGGGGAGCGCCGAGUUUUGGUGGACGACCAUGGAGACCGCAUACCCCGCCAGCAGGAUUACUUGGAGGGACUUCACGAGGCUGUUCUAUGCAGAGUAUUUCCCGGACUCGGUGAACCAGAUGAAACAAGAUGAGUUUUUGACACUGACGCAGUCCGAGCAUAUGUCUGUCCUGCAGUAUGCCAGCAAAUUCAACGAACUGGGCCGGUUCUGCCCCCAGUUCAUGGAAAAUGAAAGGAGUAAGGCAAGCCGGUUUGAGCGAGGGCUGAGGUACAGGAUCAGAUCUCGGAUAUCUUCUCACCUAUUCACCUGCUACAGAGACGUGCUGGACCGGGCCUUGAAGGUUGAGGCCGACUUGAUGAGGCCUGACUUAGAAAGAGGUGAUCUGACGAAGGCCAGGUCAGCAGGAGGACAGAGCAGUAGGCCCAAGGGCAUCAAGGGGUCUAUGAUUAAAAAGAGGCAGAACCGAGGUUGCCCUAGCUGCGGCAAGCAUCACAGUGGGCCCUCUCUGAAGAAAAUUGGGGCCUGUUUUACAUGCGGCCAGCUCGGACAUAUGGCACGUGAUUGCCCAAAGAGGGCACCCAGACUUCCUGCAACUGAGGGCCAGAAGCCAACGAACACCCCCCGAGUAUUCGCACUGACUCGCCAGGACGCUAGUGCGAGCGACCAAGUGGUGACAGGUACACUGCCAGUUAAUUUGAUUGAUGCCUCUAUUCUAUUUGAUUCUGGUUCCACACAUUCCUUCGUGUCAGUUAGUUUUUCCAAACAGUUGCACUGCACAUCUGAGAAAAUAGAACCAUUGCAUGUUGCCACACCCCUUCAAGAGACAGUGAUAGUUGAUACUAAAUACAAGAACUGCAUAAUUCAUUUGGGAGGAAAAGAAUUAGAAGCAAAUCUUCUACAGCUGGACAUGCAUGAUUUUGACAUCAUCUUGGGAAUGGACUGGAUGUCCCAGUAUCAUGCCCACAUUGAUUGUUACCAUAAGAAAGUGGUAUUCCGAAUGCCAGGAGAACCAGAAUUCUUCUUUCAGAAUGACGAUACGCCCCCUCAAUGUAAGCCGACACUGCAUUUCAUUUCUUCCUUGCGAGCCAUUAAAGCACUCAGAAAGGGGUGCACGGCUUACCUGGCAUGUGUCACGGAUACCCAAAAGGAAAUCAAACUAGAAGAUAUUCCGAUAGUCAAAGAAUAUCCGGAUGUUUUUCCUGAAGAGCUACCGGGAUUACCCCCUGAUCGAGAGGUCGAAUUUACUAUAGACCUCACCCCUAGAGCAGGACCUAUCUCCAAGGCUCCUUAUCGAAUGGCCCCUGCUGAGCUCAGAGAAUUAAAGACACAAUUACAAGAGCUUUUGGAUAAAAAGUUCAUUCAACCCAGUGUGUCUCCAUGGGGAGCUCCAGUACUGUUUGUAAAAAAGAAGGAUGGGAGCAUGCGGCUGUGCAUCGAUUACCGGGAACUGAACAAGAUAACUAUAAAGAACAAAUAUCCUCUGCCCCGGAUCGACGACCUGUUUGACCAGCUGCAAGGUGCCCAAGUCUUCUCCAAGAUAGAUUUGCGGUCCGGUUACCAUCAGUUAAAAAUCAAGCCGGAUGACGUGCCAAAGACUGCAUUCCGAACCAGGUAUGGGCAUUACGAAUUUCUGGUUAUGCCAUUCGGACUGUCCAAUGCUCCAGCUGCUUUUAUGGACUUAAUGAACAGAGUCUUCAAGCAGAAUUUAGAUCAGUUUGUGAUAGUCUUUAUUGAUGAUAUACUGAUUUACUCAAGGAGCAGGGAAGAGCACGAAGUUCAUUUAAGAAUGGUACUACAGACCCUUCAGAAGAAAAAGUUAUAUGCCAAGCUGAGCAAAUGCGAAUUCUGGUUGAGCAGCGUGGCAUUCCUCGGUCACGUGAUCUCCGGGGAUGGGGUGUCAGUAGACCCUAAGAAAAUAGAAGCGGUGGUAGAUUGGCCUCAUCCCACCAAUUUCAAAGAAAUUAGAAGCUUUUUGGGACUGGCCGGGUAUUACUGACGGUUUGUGGAAGGAUUUUCCAAAAUAGCCACUCCCUUGACCCGAUUAACCAAAAAACGGGCCAAGUUUAUCUGGGACAGCAGUUGUGAGAAGAGCUUCCAGGAGUUAAAACAGAGGUUAGUGUCUGCUCCAAUUUUAACUCUGCCAUCCACAAAUGGAGAAUUUACUAUUUAUAGUGAUGCUUCCAAAACCGGGCUAGGCUGUGUAUUAAUGCAAAAUGGCAAGGUAGUAGCCUAUGCCUCUAGACAGCUAAAGCCCUAUGAGCAGAAUUAUCCAACCCACGACCUGGAGUUAGCUGCAGUGGUCUUUGCCCUGAAAAUCUGGAGGCACUACCUUCAUGGAGAGCAUUGUGAAGUGUACACUGACCAUAAGAGUUUAAAGUACAUAUUCACUCAGAAAGAAUUGAAUAUGCGACAAAGAAGAUGGUUGGAACUCCUGAAAGACUAUGAUUUGGAUAUCAAGUAUCAUCCAGGCAAAGCUAAUGUGGUGGCUGACGCUCUAAGCAGAAAGUCAGCAGUAAGUUCAUCUGCACUACUCACCACCCAGCCACAGGUUCAGAAGGAUCUUGAUAAGCUGCAGGUUGAAGUAAUUGUACAACCUACAAAAAGUCUGCUGGCCACUCUAAGGAUACAACCGACACUGAUCGACAGAAUAAAGAUCGCUCAGCAGUCUGACGCACGCACAGGUCAACUCAAGGAUGAAGUGGAAAAAGGGUUACGACCCGAGCUCCAGAUUCACUCAGAUGGUACCCUGAGGUUCGGUCAUCGAUUGUAUGUCCCAGCUGACGUGGAAUUAAAGAAAGAAAUUCUAGGAGAAGCCCACCAAUCCCGCUUCUCCGUUCACCCCGGCAGUACCAAGAUGUACAGGGACCUCCGAGAGCAUUACUGGUGGAAGGGUAUGAAAAGAGAAAUAGCUGAGUAUGUUGCCCGAUGCAUGACCUGUCAGCUGAUAAAAGCAGAACACCAGAGGCCGGCAGGGUUACUAGAGCCAUUGGAGAUUCCAGAAUGGAAAUGGGAGCAUAUCACUAUGGACUUUGUUACAGGGCUUCCAAGAACAGUAAAAAGGAAUGACGCAGUGUGGGUGAUUGUCGACCGCCUCACAAAGUCAGCUCACUUCCUACCCUUUAGGGUUGGAACCUCAUUGGACAGGCUGGCCCAAGUGUACAUUAAUGAAAUUGUGCGCCUACAUGGAGUGCCAGUGGGCAUCGUUUCUGAUCGCGACCCCCGAUUCGUAUCCAGAUUCUGGGGAAGCUUUCAGAAGGCCAUGGGUACCGAAUUGAGGCUCAGUACCGCAUACCACCCCCAGACCGACGGUCAGUCAGAGCGAACAAUACAGACCCUGGAAGACAUGUUAAGAGCUUGUACCAUGGACCUAGGUGGAGGCUGGGACGACCACAUACCUCUGGUAGAGUUUGCCUACAACAACAGUUACCAUUCCAGCAUCCAAAUGGCACCAUAUGAAGCUCUAUAUGGAAGGAAAUGCCGAUCUCCUCUGCAUUGGGAUGAGGUCGGAGAGCAAAAACUACUCGGUCCUGAAUUGGUCCAGAGUGCUAGAGAUAAGGUACUGCUAAUAACGCGGAGACUACAAGCCGCUCAGGACAGACAGAAUCGAUGGGCUGAUAAAGACAGGAGAGAAUUGGAAUUUUUGGAGGGGAACUUUGUCUUCCUAAAAAUUUCUCCGUCAAGGGGUGUUACCCGAUUUGGGCGGCACGGUAAACUGAAUCCCCGCUACAUCGGCCCAUUCGAGGUUCUCGCUAAAGUGGGCAAGGUCGCCUACAAGCUGGCCCUACCUCCAGAGUUAUCAGGAGUACACGACGUCUUUCACGUCUCCCUCCUACGCAGGUACAUCCCAGAUCCCAGCCAUGUAUUACAGUAUGAACCCUUGCAGAUAAAUGAAGACCUGACCUAUGAGGAAGCUCCUCUGCGCAUCGUCGAUAAGAAGGAGCAAAUUCUUCGGAGGCGUACCAUCCCUUAUGUCAAAGUUCAGUGGGCCAACCACACUGAACGGGAAGCUAUCUGGGAACUUGAAGAGGAGAUGCGCCAAAGUUACCCCCAGCUCUUCGAAGAUAGAGAUAUGAGAUGGCUUCUUCUCCAACUGCUGAACUCUGCGAUGCAAACCCAUCCCUUCUGUCGAAGGGGGAGCUGCGAGUUCUUCCCCGUAGUCACCCUCAAGUUGGAAGGGAGAUGUGCCUUACUUGGAGGGAACCUGGGAUUGUUGGCCCACAACAUGGGCUGGGCUGGUAUCAUUGUGAACGGUUGCAUCAGAGACGUUGAUGAAAUCAAUGGCUGCGACAUUGGAGUUGGAGCCUUGGGGUCCAACUUCAUGAAAUCAAACAAGAAAGGUAUUGGUGAGAAGCACGCGCCGGCCAACAUUGGAGGUCUGAUGGUCCAAGAAGGAGAGUGGCAAUAUGCUGAUAGUGAUGGUAUCCUCAUCUCCAAGAUGGAGUCAUCCAUCUGA